AUGGCAGAUAAUACCCACUUAACCGGUACAAAUCUCCGCGACCUUAAUGUCCUUGACGGACAAUUCCCUGAAGCUGGCUUCGAUAAUCUUCCUGACACGCCCCAUGAAGCCUUCCAAAGUUGGUUAAACGAUGCUAUUACGGCCAAAAUCAAGGAGCCACAUAGCUGUACCCUUUCAACGGUUGAUAGCGAAGGGCGUCCAGAUGCCCGCAUUGUCGGUGUUAAGAGGCUUGAUGAGCGUGGCUGGCACUUUACAAUGAGGGGAGAUGGGCCCAAGGCUCACCAGAUAGCCGGAAAUGAAAACGUCGCGCUAACAUUCUACUGGCCUGAGCUAGGUCGGCAAAUCCGGUUACGGGGAAAAGCAAGUCCACUGUCAGAGGAGGAAUGUACCCGGGAUUUUCUUGGACAUCCUCUAAAUUCAAGGAUUGCUGCGGUGGCUUCAAAGCAAAGCCAGGUGCUCGAGAGUCGUAGCGAACUUCUCCGUCGCGUAGCCGACGUUAAAUCGGCCAUAGCAGAAGAGAAAGACCUAGACCUUCCUGAAUGGAGGGUACAGAAAUGUCUGGGUGAAGGAGUUACUGUGGCCAUAGAGUUCCAUUUCUUUAGCACAUACUUCACCAACCAGUGGGAUUUCCUUAUCAUGACAAAUCUAAUCCUUCCCUUGUCUUCGUUUCAGGGCAUACAGCGUGCUGCAGCGCGCGUCACCAGUCUACAGAUGCACCAUGGCUUCCGACAUCCAAAACCAAAGGGCAUACUAUGUGCCCUGAAACGAGGAGGGGUUGCAAAGACCGGAUUGAAUGAUGGUUCGAAUUGA